AUGGUAGCAAUAAAAUAUGAAAAAGAUCGUGCAGCAGAUAUAAUCCUACCAAAUUAUCACGAAUAUGGUAGAUUGGAUAUACCAACUUACUACCAAAGUUAUUGGCAAAGUCCUGAAGAACGAUUUUAUAUUGGUUUAUUUGUUAUUCAAAUAUUAUGCUUAAUUACAUCAUUUUUUUUAUUGUUUGCUUCUUGUUCACUCAUUUAUGGUGCUCACACUUAUUCACGAUGUUUAAUAUGGCCAUGGCUUCCAUGUAUGAUAGCAAGUAUAAUUUGUACAUUAGCAUAUUGUAUUAUGUGGUGGAGCGGUGAUGUUCGAGACUAUUGGCUUGUGCUUACAAUUCUUGAAAUGAUUACUAUAUUCAUUAAUGUAUAUUGUGUAUUUGUUGUAUCAUUGUUCUAUCGUUAUAUUAGCAAUAAUAGUAGAAAAGAACGAACAACACAUUAUAGGCCAAAAAUGUACGAUGAAUUCAAGAAAGAUAAUAAUUAUUAUAUCAACAAUUAUCUUCCUGAACUGGAACAUCCUAUAAAAUCAGGUUAUCGGAAAAAUGAUUCAUUACGACGUGAUCAGCAUAAUCGGCGACAAGAUUAUACGUUGGUGCAACAAUCAGUUCCAACUACUCCAAUGCAAACCCGAAAAACAACUUUUCCGGAUGAUUUAGUUUCUACAUGGGUCAAAGAACAACAAUCUCUAAAAGACAUACCAGAUCAUGCUAACAGUGAACCGAUCACACAACAAAAACCAGAAGAUAUUUAUUCAUUGAAGCACUCAUAUUCUGUACCAUCAAUUAAUGCGAAAAUCACAGAUGCUAAAUGUUGUCAUCGUCAUCGACACAAGCAUUGUCAUCGUCAUCAUCGUCAUCAUCAUCAUCACCAUCAUCAUCAUCGUCGUAAACACCGGUCAGAUUCACGACGACGUGAUGAUGAUGAUCACGGUGAUCACGGUGAUCAUCGAAGAAGUUCAUCACGACAUCGUUAUCGUUUCCCUUCUCUAACAAGUAGUUCUGGAUCAGUGAGCACUGAUUACUCAGAUAACUCAUAUCUUGUUAGACGUCGAUCACGAAAUCUUGAAGAUAGCAGUACGACAACAGAUGAACAUAAAAUAUCUGAAGGUUAUUAUAGGUCAUUGAAGACAAAAUUUGAAAAUAAUCACGGUGAUUCUCAGCGAUUUAGAGAUCAUCGACACGGAUCACGGAAAUCAAAACGUAAUCAGUAUGAUGAGAAGAAAAAUUCCGGUAACGCUUCACCAACUGUUGCAGUACAAACAGAUUCUGUACUAGCACAUUGGCCUUUAGAUCCGCAAAAAGGAUUAGCACUUCCGCAACAAAUUAUCAUUCCACCAUCAAACGGAAAUAUUGGCGCAGAUGGUCGUCCACAACCGCAAACAUAUCAAAUUAAUUCUGAAAUAAGAAUUUCAUAUGAUCAAAAUGGUAGAUCUCCAAUAUCACAUGAGAUUUCUGCUUUAUCUAAGAAGGUCGAGAAUGAACAACAACAAUUUACUCCAGUAUAUCAUCAAUCUCGAGAUGAGAAUUGCAUAGUGUCUCAUUGGAUUGUUAGAAAAUGGAACGCAUCUAUUCGUGACUGUCUGCAAAUCCGGGUGGCUCUACCGGAAUGGAUAACGGUAUUAGUGUGUGUAUGUGUGUACGGUUGGUACUGUAGCGGAUUACUGUGA